GCGAAACUACAACGACCAACAUUAAAGUGUGAGGGAUCGCUACAAAAUGCCUCAGACCAAUUCCCACAAUGCCGCAGAUGCCAUCGAACAAAAGUUACUCGGCAUACUCGCGGCACAGGAUCUAGGCGAUAUAACACAAGAACUAUGCGAUUUCUCCCUCGAGGAACAAAAUGCAACAGCCGAGGCUCAGGGCAUACAACCAAGCGCUGCGGCAGACUACAUACCCGUGCUGGGCAAAUCCGUGACCUAUAUUGUAGCCUGUGUGUUGUUUAAUGAGCGCGAUGAGGUACUCAUGAUGCAGGAGGCUAAGCAAUCUUGUGCUGGUAAAUGGUAUCUCCCAGCUGGACGCAUGGAGAAAGGUGAAACCAUUUGUGAGGCAGCUGUGCGUGAGGUGUACGAGGAGACUGGCCUUAAUGUGGAACUCACCACACUUUUGGCCAUUGAGGUUGCGGGUGGUUCUUGGUUUCGUUUCGUGCUCACUGGCCGCGUAACUGGUGGCAUACUGAAAACACCCGCACAAGCGGACAAUGAAUCAUUGCAAGCUAAAUGGAUUUCCAGGCUCUCCGAAUUGCCGCUGCGCGCCAAUGACAUUCUUAAUCUAAUUGAUAUUGGACGCUCCUACAAAGAGCGCGCUUCGGCACCACAGGCGCUAAUGCACCAUCCAGACGUUUUACCAACCAAAUACUCACACCACAAGAACUACUUGCGCGUAGUGGCAGUCAUACGCAAACGCGCCACCAAUUCAUUGAAUGUACUCGUUAGUGAAAAGAAUGUGCACCACUUCCCCACCGUCGAGGUGCAUCCACAGCGCAGUCUUCACUCGACGCUACGCAAAUUUAUGAUCGAACUAUUUGGCGCGGAAUUGCCGCAACAUCGACCGCACGGCAUACUAAGUGUAGAGCACUGUCCGUCACCGAUGCCAUACACCAGCGAUGGCAUCUGUUUAAAUGUGUUGGUUGUUUUCCGACCGCCAUUGGAAGAGGUGGCGCUCAUUGGUAAAUGCACGUGGCACGAGCUAGGAAGACCGCUCGAGGAAAAAUUGGCGCGUAUACUCUCUAAUAAAUAUUCCACGAUACCACUAAAUGUUAUACGUUAGAUAUGGGGUAGUGCUAGAAGUGGUUAGGGUGGUGGUAUGAAGCAGUAUGAAGAAAAGAACCAAUAAGUAAUAGAAUAACUUAUACUAUAUGCGUGUUUACUAUGUUUGUAUGUACGUUUUACUCAGGCGUACAAACUCACAAAUCAUACAUUUAAAUCGAGCAUUCAAAAGCGCAAGCUGCCGUGACUGCGGGGUCGCGCGAUUAUACAUAGACUAUGUUUAUGCUUCUUUUCUACGGGGUUAUAAACCACUCGGGUCAAUUCAACCCACAUGCGUAAACAUUUUUUUUAUCGAGUUAGCAUGUAUACACGGGUAGAAUAUGUACACACAUUGUUUCUACACCGGUAGAAAUCUGAACACGGGGUUGAAAUUUGUACAUAAAAAAUUUUAGAAGUGUUAGCCAGGGUUGCAUUGGGUUUUAUAACUCGAGUUGAAAAUUUACUGUUUAUGCUUGUUGGCUCUACCCGAGUUGAAUAUAACCGAGCAGUAAAGAAUCAUAAACAUAGUAGUAUCUAGAUAAUAGGUUUGUUCCACAAGCUACUCGGAAGUUACUUCGAGUUACACAUACGCGUUCCACAAGCAAGUUUUAGAGUUUCUUUGAUAUACGCUCGCAGUUUGAACUUUGUUCAGGUUUUUCUACAAGUAGCCUGUGGAACAAACCUAAUAUCAUAAGUAUAUAGAGAGAGAGAGACAUCAUGAUAAGGUCACCCACGUACUGAUAAUUUUUGUCUACUUAAUUUUUUCAGAUUAAUUUUAAUAAUUAUUUAUAAAAAUAUAAU